AGAAGAUAUUUCAUGAUUUUCUUUCACGUCUGUUCUCUCUCUUCUCCCCUGCCUCCAUAAGUACUAGUUCGCCUUCCCAAUUUUCUUCACUCCCAACUUCAAUUCCUCUCACACUAAGAUAUCCAUUUUUGCUAUCAAAAGAAAUGGCUUCAAUGGGAGUCAUCACUUCCAUUAUUGGUCUAAUUUUCCUCGUUUCUCUUGUUGAAGCAAGAAUCCCUGGUGUUUAUUCUGGUGGUUCUUGGCAGACUGCUCAUGCUACAUUUUAUGGUGGCAGUGAUGCUUCCGGAACUAUGGGUGGUGCAUGUGGUUACGGCAAUUUGUACAGCCAAGGGUACGGAGUGAACACUGCAGCGCUGAGCACAGCUUUGUUUAACAAUGGGUUAAGUUGUGGAGCUUGCUUUGAGAUUAAAUGCACUAAUGAUCCCAACUGGAAGUGGUGUCUCCCCGGAAGCCCAUCCAUUUUAAUCACUGCCACCAAUUUCUGCCCACCAAACUACGCAAAGCCCAACGACAAUGGUGGAUGGUGCAAUCCUCCACGUUCUCACUUUGAUCUUGCCAUGCCUAUGUUCCUCAACAUCGCCCAGUACCGUGCUGGCAUUGUUCCCGUUACUUAUCGCCGGAUACCAUGCCGAAAGCGAGGAGGAAUCAGAUUCACAAUCAAUGGCUUCCGUUACUUCAACUUGGUAUUGAUCACCAACGUGGCGGGUGCAGGAGACAUAAUAAAGGUGUGGGUGAAAGGGUCAAAGACUAACUGGAUUUCCCUGAGCCGCAACUGGGGUCAAAAUUGGCAAUCAAACGCUGUCUUGACUGCUCAAUCCCUCUCUUUCAGGGUCAAAGCCAGUGACCAUCGCUCUUCUACUUCAUGGAAUAUUGUCCCUUCUCAUUGGCAAUUUGGCCAAACUUUCACUGGAAAGAAUUUCAAAGUCUAAAAUUAUUCACAAUUGAAGAUUUGACUGGCUAUUUUCCCUACUCUAUUUUAAAAUUUUUGCUCCCAUUUUAUUGUUCCAAAAUAUUUUUCCUCUUAAAAGUGAAUGGAGGGGAAGAAUAGAGUGAAAUCAAAAAGAUACUUCAGUGUGUGUGAGGAAAUAGUGUGUGUUGGGGGGGGGGGGGGCGAGUACUAAUAGUGUAAUUAAGUGAUUUCCGAGUGCUUGUGUAUCAGCUUUUUGGACUAAUAUUGGAAAAGGAACAGUAGUAUGCAGUAUGGUUGAUGGUUAAAGAGAAAGCGAAAGGCCAUCUGUAAUAGAGCUUGAAGUGGCUGCAAAUGAUGUAGCCCGCAGCUGCUUUUACUUUUAUCAUAUACUUGGGUCAAUUUUUAUCAAUGUUUAUCUCUGCAUGUUUCUAUU